ACAGCUCUGUCAAGCGGAAAUAUUCAAUGUUUCUCCUUCCGGGUCAAAUGGGCGCCCUUUCCUGUCGUCCAUUUGUCGGAUACACGCUGUUGACGACGUGCUAAUCAACAUGCAGAACGACGCUGGUGAAUUUGUGGACCUCUACGUCCCUCGUAAAUGCUCUGCUAGCAACAGAAUAAUCGGAGCCAAAGACCAUGCUUCUGUCCAGAUCAACAUAGCUGAGGUGGACAAAGUCACGGGUCGCUUUAACGGCCAGUUCAAGACCUACGCCAUCUGUGGCGCCAUCCGCAGGAUGGGAGAAUCUGAUGAUUCCAUCCUCAGGCUGGCAAAGAAUGAUGGUGUUGUUGCCAAGUAACUAGACUUUUUUUUUUUUUUUUUCUUUGAAAUGUCAUCAUCCUUGACAUGUGUAUUUUUCCCUCCACAGGAACAUCUAAGUAGUUAAAAUUUGUUCAAUAAAAUGUGACAAAAUCCAAA